ACAGAACCAGAGACACUUUGCAGGUGAUUAUGGCCCUGGUAUAGUUCCCGGCCCCCAGAGCAUUCCCAACGCGCACACAGGCAGCUGCCUGGACACCUAGAGGGAACUGCAAGGACCCCAUGUUACUUUUUGACAAAGCCAGGGAAGGACUGCACACUGAAGGGUCAAAGGUUUAUCCAAGGAAGAGUCAAAUGAAGCUGAUGUUCAGACCCCUUCUUCUCCAUUUGCUCCUGUACUGUGCAACUGAGACAUCAGGUGUCAAGAUCCAGUCUGUCCCAGAAGUCAACAGUGAGGGUGUUAUACAGACAGAGCUGGAGAAGACCGUGUCUCUGGUUUGUCAGUCUGACGGCGGCAAUGAGACUCAGGCUGAUGAAGAGUUGGUGUGGAAGAGGAAUGGCGCUGUCAUCAGUCUGACAGAAGGAAAUAAGAAAGGUCGCAGCAGCGUGUGUGUUACACCCAUCAUCUAUGAAGACAAUGGUGCCACAUUUACCUGCCACCUGAGCAAAAAUGCCACAGUUACGGUUUCAGUCACCCUGAAUGUCACAUAUCGCCCCGAGCUCUCUGGGUCAGAGGAGGUUGCAGUAGAAGAAGAGGCAGUGCUAGUGAUGCAGUGUGAUAUCUGGGCCAAUCCACCUGUCUUAUCCGUGUCUUGGACACUUAAUGGAAGCGCAGUGGAUCUAUUAGCAGGUGGCUUUUCAGUGACCAAUGAUGGCUUUACAAGUCGGCUAACCACCAACAGCGUGGAGAAAAGCUUGCAUGAAGGCACGUAUCAGUGCACAGCGAAGUCUCCCGUCUAUGGAGGUCACAGCAAGCAAUUCAGUGUCACAGUAACAGAAAAGACACUGAAGUUCCCACUGAUGCCCAUGAUAGCAGGUCUGGUGGUGGUGUGCCUUACUGUGAUUCUUGCCCUUGCUUCACGAUGGAACAAAUUUACAAAGUGCUGCAAGUAGGUUGUGCCCAAAGAAACUGAUCUUCACCAAAUGAGAGAAGCUAGGCAUGAAGACAUCACAACUCUUUUUUUGUGUGCAUGAGACUGUGAUUACCCAUUUACUAAUUUUUAUCAUAUUUAACAUUGUCUU